UCUGUACAUGGCCCGGUGCUGGAAGGGCAGGGAACAACCGAUGUUGCUAUUUUGAAUAGAUUUUUCUUCCCCCCCCAUUUUUAUUUUUGCACAGAGAGUCUCAUGUCUAAUAUUUAGACAUGAUGAGCUUUGUGCAAAAAGUAACUUUGCUCAUUCUUGCCGUGUUUCAACCCUCAGUUAUUUUGGCACAACAAGACGCCUUAGGAAGAUGUACCCAUCUUGGGCAGGUUUAUGCUGACAGGGAUGUUUGGAAACCAGAGCCAUGCCAAAUCUGUGUGUGUGACUCAGGAUCUGUUCUCUGUGAUGACAUAAUCUGUGAUGAUCAGGAGCUGGACUGUCCCAACCCAGAGAUUCCCUUUGGAGAGUGCUGUCCAGUUUGUCCACAAACAACAACACCACCUACAAGAAGACCUGGAGAAGUCACCCGAGGCCCCAAAGGAGACCCUGGUUCUCCUGGGGUUCCAGGCAGAAACGGUGCCCCUGGCCCUCCGGGACAGCCUGGGAGUCCUGGAGCUCCUGGCCCCCCAGGGAUCUGCCAGUCAUGUCCCAGUAUAAACGGAGGCAGUUUUUCUCCACAGUAUGACUCCUAUGAUGUGAAGGCCGGUUCAGCUGGUAUCGCUUACCCACAGCCCAUUACUGGCUUUCCAGGACCCCCUGGCCCCAGCGGUCCCCCUGGCCCACCUGGUCAUGCAGGUCCACCUGGCUCUGCUGGAUACCAAGGUUCCCCUGGAGAACCAGGACAACCUGGCCCUCCUGGACCUCCAGGCCCUGUUGGAAUGAUAGGCCCAGUUGGUCCACCAGGAAAAGAUGGGGAACCAGGAAGACCAGGCAGAAAUGGAGACCGUGGAAUCCCUGGAUUACCGGGUCACAAGGGACACCCUGGAAUGCCUGGGAUGCCUGGGAUGAAAGGUCAACGA